AAUGAGGUUAGAUCUGACUGCAACGAGGCAUUACCAAAAUGGUGUUCCUAAUAAAUGACUGGUUUUCUUUCGAAACUUGGCUUGAGGCUCAUGACUUAAUUAGGGCAUCUUUCGGAAACCUGACAUUAAGAAGUCGUGGGUGAGUAGCCUGUCCUGUUCUUUCCUCUCUUGCAGGAGAAACUGAGCCAUGAUGUUGGUGUUAACCCUGGUCUAGGAGCUUCGAGUCUCUCCUUUCGAUUCUGUUUUUACGAUUCCUACCUCUCUACCUCAUUCUGGAACCUGUUUUAAGAUGCGUGCCUGGGCAGCUGUGGCCAGCACCCUCAUCUUCAUAGGGAUGGACGUGACGUUGACCACCCUGUUGUAUGAAUACAACCGCCACAACAGGACUAUCCUUCAGGACCUCAAGCACUUCAACAUCUUCGACUCCAUGCUGGAUAUUUGGGGGUCUUGCUUGUAUCGCAGCUGCCUGCUCUUGGGGGCUUCCAUCGGGGUGGCCAAAAACACCAGUUACGGUCCCAAGCGGUUGAAAGGAUCCCGGAUCUUUAUCAUCGUGGUCUGUUUGGCGAUUGGGAUUUACGCCCUGGUCAAGUUGCUUCUUUAUUCUGAAGUGAGGAAGACCAUCAAGGAUCCUUGGUUUUGGGGUUUGUUCGCCUGGACUUACAUCUCACUGGUGGCCACCUUCUCCUUCUGGCAACUGCUCUCCACGGUGACCCCUGCCAGGGAUACCUUGGGGAUCAAUUCGGAAUCCAGGGCCGAAGCAGAAGACAUUGGAGACCCCAGUUCUCGUGGGGUUCGGGGAAAGAAAGAGGAGGCCUCAGCUGCCACCAUUUGUAAACUCCUGUCCUACACCAGGCCAGAUGUCCACUUCCUUGUGGUGGCCUUUUUCUUCCUCUUGCUAGCUGCUUUAGGGGAAACGUUCCUUCCAUACUACACUGGCCAAGCCAUUGAUGGGAUAGUCAUCCAGAAGUCCAUGGACCAGUUUUCCAAGGCAGUGGUGAUCAUGGCCCUUCUAGCCAUUGGAAGCUCAUUUACCGCAGGUAUCCGAGGCGGCCUCUUCACCCUGGUCUUCGCCAGACUGAAUAUCCGGCUCCGUAACAGGCUGUUCCGGUCGCUAGUGGUGCAGGAAAUGAGUUUCUUUGACGAAAAUCUCACCGGCGACAUCAUUUCCCGACUGACAUCGGACACGACCAUUGUGAGCGAUCUCGUCUCCCAAAACAUCAACAUCUUCCUGCGCAACCUGGUCAAAGCCACCGGAGUCAUUGUUUUCAUGUUUAGUCUCUCGUGGCAGCUGUCCUUGGUGACCUUCAUGGGCUUCCCUAUAAUCAUGUUGAUGUCAGACGUUUACGGGAAGUAUUAUAAGCUCACCUUGCUCAUCGUUCAAGUGAGCAUCUUAUAUUAUGGAGGCCACCUGGUGAUCACUGAGCAAAUGACAAGCGGCAACUUGAUAUCCUUCAUCAUUUAUGAAUUCGUCUUGGGAGACUGCAUGGAGUCCAUUGGUUCGGUUUACAGUGGCCUCAUGCAGGGUGUAGGAGCUGCUGAAAAGGUAUUUGAGUUCAUAGACCGCCAGCCCACGAUGUUGAACGAUGGGACGUUGGCUCCUAGCCAACUGGAAGGGAAAGUGGAAUUCAAGAAUGUCACUUUUGCUUACCGCACACGCCCUUCAUCCCAAGUCUUACAGGAUGUCUCCUUCACUCUCCAUCCUGGGAAGGUGACCGCAUUGGUGGGUCCUUCAGGCAGCGGGAAGAGUUCCUGCGUCAACAUCAUAGAGAACUUCUACCCUCUUCAAGCGGGCCAGGUUCUUCUGGACGGGCAACCUAUCGAUAUGUAUCAACACAAGUAUCUUCACUCGGUGGUAUGAAUCGCCAAUGGUUGGGUCUCUAGAUUUGGCUGAGUAUGACAAGAUUAAUUUUCCAAGAAAAAAGAA